AUGUCUGAAGACCGCUUGACUGUGCUCAUUGCGUCGUACAACACCAACCUCCAAGCCGACCGUGGGCUUCCGCAAGACUUGGUGGACUGGCUUUCACCCACUCUCGAUGCAUCCGCGCUCCGCAUCGAGGAGGUAGAGCAUCCGAACCGUGCACCGGACAUAGUUGCAGUCGGCUUCCAAGAACUGCUGCCUCUCCACUAUGGAUUUGCGGGACUGUCCAAGUCCGUCAUCGAGAACAGAAACGCGCUCAUCCUCUCCCAGAUCGAGGCGCACGCCCCGAACAAAGAGAAGUACUCCCUCAUCGCGAAGGUCGUCAACGUCGGCGUUGCGCUGCUCGUCUACGGCCGCGACGAUGGGGUCGCGCGGCGCGUGUGCGACGUGCAGACGCAGUGGACGGGAUGCGGACCCGCGUACUUGGGGAACAAGGGCGGCGUGGGCGUGCGGUUCCGCGUGGCGGGGAAGGAUGGUGGUGUAGGCGAGGUAUAUACGUUUGCGUGCGCGCAUCUCACUGCGCAUGGAUACAACCUCCCGAAGCGCAUACACGACUACCACUACAUCGUUAGCACCCUCCUCUUCCCGCCACUGCCCUCGUCCGACUCUGAGGGACCUGCGACGAUAUAUGACACCUCGCACCUAUUCUUCUUCGGCGACCUCAAUUUCCGCCUCGCCAUCCCGCCGUCACAUCCACUAGCCGUCUUGUCUCACGAAGAGCUCACGCGGAAACUGGUCACAGAAGCAGACCGGGAGGCCCUAAAGGACUGCGACGAGCUCCGGAUCGAGCGCGACGAACGCGGUAGCUGUUUUGUCGGCCUCCGGGAGGGUGAGUUCUGGAAGUUCAAGUGCAGCUACAAGUACAAGCUCGGGGAGGUGAAUACCUAUGACCGUAAGCGUGCACCAGCAUGGACCGACAGGGUCAUGUACACCUCCUACACCGACUCGCCCGACCGUCCACGAGAAUCCACCAUCCAGAACUUGCUGUACACGAGCAUACCCUCCUAUACCACUUCAGACCAUAAACCCAUCGUGUCGCUCCUACUGCUACCUCCAGCCAGCUCCACAUCAACAACCCGACCACCGACCCUCCGUCUGCCACCAUCCUUCAAUCCCAGCCCCGAUCCCUACGCGACGCUCAAGCGAUACACCGGACACGUCCUCGGACGCAUCCUCGGCUACCUCUGGUGCCUCCUCACCCUCAUCGGCGCAGGCUCGACCGUCCUCGGUGUCGGGAACUUCAUCCUCGGCCUCAGCGCAUGGGGCUGGUGGCGGACCAGAGGGCCUGUCCUGCCAUAA